GUUUGAGCUUGUCCAAACUCCCCAUAGGUUGUUUUAAGCUCACUGAGACAAAAACAUCAUAAAAAACUGGUCCAACUGGUCUCAGAUUAACAGGAAAAACCUCCGUGAGGACCCGCAGCAGCGGAGGCCUGCAGUACCGCAGCUCCGCCACCAGAGGGCGGCAGAGAGCGCGGCGCUCCCCGCUUCAUCCCCGGUUUAUAAACUCGGGGGGGCAGUCCCUGACGAAAGAGGGACGUCGCGCCGAUUAACACGGCCUCCUCGCCGGUUUGUGAGAGAAAGGAAGAGAGCCACGCCGCCCUGACUCACACCCUCACUCGCACCACGCGGAGCCUCGUGGCGGAGCCCGGCCGGAGCAUCAGCGCAGGCGGACGCAGAGAGGCCACCACACGGCGGGGAAGAAGAAGAAGAAGACGGAGGAAGAAGAGGAGGAGGAGGAAAAGGCUCGAGCAGCGAUGUCUGGGCUGAAGAAGAGGGGCUCCGGCUCCUCGGCGGACCGGGAGGAGGACACGCAGGUCACGGAGAGGAUGCUGUCCGCGGGCUCCAGCCCCGCCGGGACGCCGGGCGGGGACGCCGGGAGCCCCGGGGGCAGCGCCCCGGCCGCGGAGGGGGGGGGGAAGGAUGCGGUGGCCCUGAAGAGGACCAUCACCCUGGUCAACGGCGUGGCCAUCAUCGUGGGCACCAUCAUCGGGUCGGGCAUCUUCGUCACGCCGACCGGCGUGGUGGAGAUGUCCGGCUCCGUGGGCCUGUCCCUGAUCGUGUGGGCGGUGUGCGGGGUCUUCUCCACGGUGGGGGCGCUCUGCUACGCGGAGCUGGGCACCACCAUCAGCAAGUCCGGGGGGGACUACGCCUACAUCCUGGAGGUGUACGGCUCCCUGCCGGCCUUCCUCAAGCUGUGGAUCGAGCUGCUCAUCAUCCGGCCGUCCUCGCAGUACAUCGUGGCCUACGUCUUCGCCACCUACGUGCUCAAGCCCCUGUUCCCGGUCUGCCCGGUGCCGGAGACCGCGGCCAAGCUGGUGGCCUGCCUCUGCAUCCUGCUGCUGACCUUCGUGAACUGCUACAGCGUGAAGGCGGCCACCAGGGUCCAGGACUUCUUCGCCGCCGCCAAGCUCCUGGCGCUGGGGCUCAUCAUCAUCAUCGGCUUCGUGGAGAUCGGCAAAGGUGAUACAGACAGAUUACUCCCAGAAAAUGCCUUCAAGGGGUCCAAGUAUGAGUUUGGCAGCCUGGGCCUGGCGCUCUACAGCGGGCUGUUCGCGUACGGUGGCUGGAAUUACUUGAAUUUUGUCACAGAGGAGAUGAUCGAACCUUUCAAAAACCUCCCCCGAGCCAUCAUCAUCUCCCUGCCCAUCGUGACGACCGUGUAUGUGCUCACCAACCUGGCCUACUUCACCACGCUGUCCCCGGAGCAGAUGAUUGGCUCUGAGGCCGUCGCCGUGGACUUUGGGAACCGGCACCUGGGCCCCAUGGCGUGGAUCAUCCCCGUGUUCGUGGGCCUGUCCUGCUUCGGCUCCGUGAACGGCUCCCUGUUCACGUCCUCCCGCCUGUUCUUCGUGGGCUCCCGGGAGGGGCACCUGCCCAGCCUGCUGUCCAUGAUCCACCCCACGCUGCUCACGCCGCUGCCCUCGCUCAUCUUCACCUGUUUGAUGACGCUGCUGUACGCCUUCUCCCAGGACAUCUUCUCCGUCAUCAACUUCUUCAGCUUCUUCAACUGGCUCUGCAUCGCCAUGGCGAUCAUCGGGAUGAUGUGGCUGCGCUACAAGAAGCCCGAGCUGGAAAGGCCCAUCAAGGUUGGCAGCACAGAACGUUUCCUCUUUGUCCCGCCGCUCGAACAAAGACGCAUUCAGAAGCUGAUCAGGAGCCCAGACGCCGGCCGGCCCCGGACGCCGGCCUCUGAUUGGCCGGGGAAGGCGCAGGUGUCCCUGAUUAGAGCGUCUGAGGGGCGUUUGAGGGCCGGGCUGCCGAGCCCACCGGGCCCCAUCGGGGGGGUUCACCCCCCCCCCUCCGCCGCUCGCCACCCCGAAACGACCCGGCUCAUCCCAGCCGAACCGGCCGACCCGGGUGCAGACGAGUUCACAAACCUCCAAAAAGCCUCUGUGCUCGUUUCACAGAGUCGGAAUGAGAUGGGAAGCGAUUUUAAGAGCGAAGACCGAAAAGUCAACAUCCUGCUGCCCAUCAGCUUCGUGCUGGCCUGCUUCUUCCUCAUCGUGGUGUCCUUCUGGAUGACGCCUAAGGAGUGCGCCAUCGGCUUCGGCAUCAUCGGCACCGGCGUGCCCGUCUACCUGGUGGGCGUGUGGUGGCAGAACAAGCCCAAGUGGCUCCUCAACGGCAUCUGUGAGUGUGAACGGACGCAGUUUGGGCUCCGUUUGGCCGUCUGGUGUGUUUCUGGGUCUGAAAACAGAUUCAGAGAUCCCAGAGAUUCAGCUGGUGGAUAG